CGCGCUUCUGCGUGCGACGAAGAUGGCCGACGACCUCGCGUCGGCGCUGCAGAAGCGGGUAGCGCGACGGCAAGGCGCUACUUGUCAAAAGUCAUCCAUCGAAGCGGGCGGUUGCCGUUGGGGAGCCGUUGCGGGCCAGCACGUUCGACGCUUGUCACGUUGCCACGUCACAGGCGACUGAUUUUCCGAAACCCUGCCACCGAGAAAGAUGGUCGUGUCGCCAGUCUUGGAAACGAUGGGUCUUGUCCAGAGCCUGCCGCGCGACGAUAGCCGCCAGGUGCAUCCGCUGGCCGCCUUCCCCGAGGCCUUCUGCGUCAAGCCCUCGACCACCCAAGACCAAGGCGUCGUGUGCAGCCCGAGCAAGCAUGUCGCGCUCACACUCGUGCCCGGCGCGUCGGCCAUGGCGGUCGUCCACGUGACCAACCCGACCAAGUACCUCGUUGCGCUGCAUCUCUCGGCGUCGCGCGACUUGUAUGCGAUCCGGCCAGCAUAUACGUGCCUGCCGCCGGGCCGGACGAUCGCAAUCGCGAUCACUGUCUCGGCCGCCGAAUGCCUCCGCGUGCUCAAUGCGCCGGCCAAACCCGACACACUCACGCUCGCGACCGCGUCGUUCAAGGACGUGCCAGCCUAUUUACACAGCCGGCUACAGACCGACGUGGUCCAAGACGUCUGGCAGCAAAUUCCGCCAGAGUACAUUACGGCGACGACGCUGCAUGCCUCCUGCAGCCCGUGGACAACGGCGGCCGACGACGAGCCAUGACGCACGUCUUGUACCAUCUUAUUCGAAACCCUAAUAUAUAUAUGUAUAUCGCA